AUGUCUUCUGCAAAUACCGUCUACACCGGGGUCUGGACCAACUGGUCCCAUGGCAGGAUUCGCGGUGCCACUCUCACCCUUCCCCAGGAAUAUGCUGGAUUGCUGACAGCUUUUCUUGCCAUCUUUGUCUCCUUCGCGGGGACAAUGAUGUGGCGGAUUCUCUGCUUUAUUAUACACCAGAACAACACAACACCCCCUUCUGAAAAACGAGAUUUCCUGCACCACAGUCGCCAAGUGAUCCUGAGAAAUAGCGGAUCAGGGACAGCAGCGGCAUGGGCAUUCACCACGCUGGCAUGGAACGCUGGCAGAAAGGCACCUCAAGCCCUACUCCGGAUCCUUCCCUUGGUGCUCCUAGCGCUCCUUAACGUAGCCUUGUUUGGAGUCUCGGGUGUCUUCACAUCGUACGUGACCAAAGUCCCAGGGAACACAACCAUCAUAUUGGGUCCCCACUGUGGUGGAGCUGAAGGAACCCCGGCAGCGGAUCCGGGCGGGAUCUACUUAUCCAAGGUGUUGGAAGAUACAAAGCAGGCGGCAGCCUAUGCGAAGCAAUGCUACCAAGGCAGUUCAUCGUUAGCCUGCGGGACUUACGUUCGCCAAAGCUUACCUUUCACGACCCAACAAAAUGUGUCCUGCCCGUUCGCGAAGGGCCUGUGCAGGUUCAAUGACCAAUCUGCCUUUGCCAUGGAUACGGGCUUGUUGGACUCGCAUGAUGACUUUGGCAUCAACGCCCCACCUAAGAACCGGAUCAAGUUCCGACGACUUACUACCUGUUCCCCGAUCUAUGGUGCCGACUUUGGUAGUGACAGGGAUGAGCCUGGCCUGGGUACGGUUGUUUAUAUCAAUGCUGGACUCACUCCGCAGCUGGUUGAGAUUGGCAAUAACUGGACAUUCUCCUAUGUGGCUCGCUCCGCUUUUGAUAGACUACAUGCUUACUCGCUAAGUUCUGUUUACGGCCAAGCAGACCCUACCGGUGUUCUCCAUAGUACGGGGGCUAUGUGGUAUCCCGACCCAAGGUUGAACCAAACCGACUCAGAUAUCACCCUAAUGAUGCUCACACAAAAUGAUGUUUAUUAUCGAACACCAAGUGACGAUCCUUGGAUAGCAGCCCACGAAAAGCUUAACGGAAGCGACGUAUAUAUGGGGGACUACACAGUUAGUUUGCUGGGAUGCAUCGACCAGUAUCAAUUCUGCAAUCCCAAUCUAGAGGGCGAUACGGCCUGCACCAAAUUGGGAGGUAUUAACUCAGUUGCUAAAGAUAUGGUCGAUCGAUUCGUUUACUUUAAUUUGGACCAACUCGCAACGGUGGAACGGUUUAUGACGACAACCCACCUGCAUUCUAUGUACCAGGCUGUCCAAGGAAGGGGAGGCUCAGCACUAGACAUCGGCCAAAAACUGUACAACGGACACCAGUACUCCGUACCCGCUAACCAAUGGCAAAUAGAAGUCUCCAACUGGUUUGCCCUUUCCCUAGCCAAGGCACAAGCAUGGCCUAUUGAAUGGGCGACCGAACCCCAGAACUUUGAUGCCCCCAAAGAAGGCGAGGACUCCCCAUGGCAAUACAGCCCGCCCACCACGCCCGAGGCCGAAGCCCAAUGUAGAAACCAACUCGUACAUAACUCGGGAGACUACAAGAGCUUAUCGGUCCUGGGGAUGGGCCUGAUCCUUGCCCUCGGAGGUGUUAUCAUCAUUCUUGGCUUGUUCUUGGAUAGCUGUGUGGGGUUGUUGCAGCGUGGCAAACGGGCGUAUUUGCGAGAGCAGUGGUGGACAGAGGAGACGUUGGGAUUGCAUGGAGCUGCUUAUCGGGCCCUUGGUGUCUCGACGAAUUGGGGCGAUGAAGUGCCACCGAGCUCGGUGUUCCAGGGUCUCACUUCUGCCUCUGAUGGCUAUCGUUCUGUCCCCUUGGGAGGAGCCGAUGCUGAAGGGAAAUCCGAUGGUGGGAUAAUUGUGUCAGAACGGCAUGAGUCGCAUCGCGAUACGGUAGUUUAG